AAGAACGAAGAACUGACGUCACCGCUUUUCUGUUAUAAGAGAAAAAUGGUAAGUUUUAAUUGAAAAUAUAUUUUUGUUUCUUUUAACAAGAAAAGGACCGGCUUCUAAACAAUACAGUCCCUAGGAACCCAGAAGAGCGCGGUUUCCUAGUCCCUUUUCAGCAUGAGUGAUAUGAAGCUCUAACGAAUUUAAUGUUUUCCUCACCAGGAGUUCAAGAUGUUCCUUCUGUGUUUUGCCGUCCUUGUUGUUGCCACAUCUUCAGCCUCGGUUUGUAAGUGUGAAGACAAAAAGGUAAUUGUGCCAUUUUAGCCAUCCAAGUAACUGCUGUACCGCGUUAUAAAUCGGUUAUGCCACAUGUCUUUCCAGGGGAGCCUCAAUCAGUAAUUGCCUAUAAGGGGAGGUUCCGCCUGAAAGAAGCACCUUUUUCAGACUGUAGAACAUUAGUACGGGCCUUUUUGAGAACCCCCUUGUUAAAAUUAGCCGACAUUUGGCUUGAAAAAAGGGAGUGGAAAAUUGAUAUCCAAUGGCAAAUGAUAACCCUGGCUUUGCAUUUUACGGAGCAAAGAAAAACAUUGAGAUUCGAGGGAAAAAAAAUUCACUGUUUCCCGAGGAACCAGUCUUUAAGUGACUUGUUAUAUAACUGGAAAUUUUGAAGCUGGAAAUUCAUUAACCGUCGCUGCAACGGCGGUCGUCGGGCAACAUUCGUGGGUACAGUCUGUUACUCUCUGACGUCAUAGAUAUUGCAAUGAUGCCGUCCCACUCAGAGAUUUUGGAGGGAAACAGUUUCAUUGUUAGAUGUCAUGUGACCUCGAAGUAACCAAUGAGAGCGCGCGCUGUUCGGAAAAUUUUCCAGUCAAUGUUGACUGAUGUCUCUUUUGCUUUGCAGGAAACUGCGAACAAGUACAAGCUCAAAAUAAAUGAUGGAAACAAAGAUGUUGAAGAAAAUCUUGAAAUUGACACUGAGAAACAAACAGAAAUCUACCGCAUUCCAAAAACAGACUCCAGGAACGGGGGAGAAGUUGAUAUUGUUUACGACUACGAAAGGUAAAUACUUUUAGUUGAUGAAGUGCAAGUAAAGUCAAGUCAAUUCAAUUUGUAUUUAACUCACCCAGAAUAUUAAUACCAUAAAAUUAAAUAUAAAAAAAAGAUUGUGAAAAAGAAAAAAAUAAUACUUUUAGGUUCAUUGUGCAGAGUUUGGGACACCAAGAUAGUUCGUAAACUAACCGAGAAGGUGACCGAAAUCGAUAAUACGAGUAGAAGGAAUAUAGUGAAAAAAUAGUUGUUUUAGAUAAAAAGCAUUAAUCCAUUGAUUAAUAUUAGUAGUUAAAAAUGAUAUAAUCAUAAAACUUCAGGAAUUAAUAACACUGUUAUAAUCAUCAAUCACAGAAUUCUUGACAUUUUGACGAAAACUAGAAAACGGUCUGAUUUUCUAAAUAUCAUUAGAUAAAGAAUUCCAAAGGUAUGGAGUGGUGUGAACCGAUUUAACAAACAAAGGAGGCGUGUGUUUGUAUUUCGCGAUAACAAUAAGAAUAACGCUUAAGUUACUUCCAAUAAAACUUUUCUCCACUCGGUUUUAAAAUAACGAAAAACCAAGUAAACAUAAUUGCUUGCGUACAAUGUACUCUUUUCCUCGCCGACUCAUCUGUGCUCGAAAAUGGCGCAAAAGGGGAGGGGGGUCUGAUUGCGUAAAUUAAAAUGGUCCUUUAACAAUCAAGGAAAUGGCAGACAUACUGAGAAUAACGGUUCAGGGCGAGUUAAUCAUGAAUAAUUAUUUUAUUUCUCGUUUCAAACAUACAAAAAACAAUAAUUUGGGAAUCACGUUACAUGAGAAAAACAUUAUCGAUUCUCUUAAUUCACGGGAAAUAAGGGGACCGAUCACGAGUCACGAAAAUACCCUUACAAAUCAGUAUACGUAGUACCUACACUUAACACUUGUUCGUUCUUCUUAAACGGCGCUGGAGUGUGACUCUAGUCUAAGCGCUGAGUGACGAGAGAGAAGACAAGCGUGAUUCGUAGGUUGAUUUCCCAUCACGGGCAACCCAGUCGGAUAACGGUUUGGGUAUAAAUGGUAAGAUAAAUUCAGGACUACUAAAUUGCGUCCCAGAAUCGCCUUUAACAUUUGUAGAAAUCAGUUCCUUUUACCGUAAAACGGCCGCGAAGGCUUGAAACUGGUAUCUAAGUUAGCUUUUAAAGGAACGCAACACGAACUUCCGUUUGGAAUAUUCCGAAGGGCAAAACAGCACUUUUCCGAUGUUCUGUUGCUCCCGGAAAUUUUUAGCUGGAACGACUGCUAAAAAAUCGAGUUCCAUGUAAUUUCCAACUGCAUUUGUAUGAAACGGUAAACAACCAUCAUAUAGUUACAAUAUUGCCUUUGUUUUCCUUUCUUGCAGAACUUGACAUUGCACCGAAUCUCUGCCCGAAAAGCCUGUUUCCUGAGUAAAUUUGCUGAAAUUAUGCCCAGCCCUCGUGACCUUGUCAAUUUACUUGAUCAGGUAAUUCAACUGAGAUUAUUUGUCAGUUUUGUAGCGGUCUCAAAGGAACGGGGUUUAAUAAAGAUCUUAGCUUUCAGGGAAUGUUAAGUGACGAUAAUUUAUCAUCCUCAUAGGUUCAUUUGAACGAAUACAAUACAGUGGAACGGCGAAAUCUGAAAAUUAACAUUCUUCAAUUUUGAUUCCCACAGUAUUUCAGUGGGAAGUAGAAGUGAAUUCGUUUUAAUGUUGUACUUUAAUUUCGUUUCGAAACCGAUUACACCUUAAAUUGCUUGGGGAAAAAUAUUUCGACAACGACUAGGGGUUAAUCCCCCGAGUUCGGCAAACCGGGUACACUGGAAAAAAUCUAUAUGGCUGAUUUUGAUAACAUUCUUGGAAAGAGCUGUUCCUGCAAUGGCUUAACCUGGAACAGAGUCUCUGAGUAACUCAGAUAGUAUAAUAUUCACGGCUGAAGAGUGUCAAUAACAGGGAAUCUGAAACUUUCUUUUGUUAAAAAAGCGUAAAUGCUGAGAAAUUUAACUGAUUGCCUUAAAACCAAGAAACCAGUGUUAGUAAUUCCACGUCUGCUGUUGAUCUUCUUCACAGGAAAGACCCACUAUAGUAGACAGAAAUGAGACGAAAGUUGAAUACGAAGUCGUUUCCACCGUCACUGACCGCUCGGACCUGAGUGAUGAAAUGGCUUCUAUGUGUGCCAAGCUGCCCAUUUAUCGCAUCAAAAAAGCAACGCCGUUUUCGGUAGUGGUCAAACGUAAGUAUUUCACGUUAUAAUCUAAUCAUGCAAUCAAAUAAGUGUUUAGGACAUCAAAGUACCAUUCAUUAAGUCAUUGCUAAAAAGAAACACCAAACAAUUUUUGUCAGUCGAAUUUCACUGAACUGAUGUGUAUGAACUGCAGACGCUAAAUCAUAAAAAAAAGAACAGGUCAAUAAUAAAAGCAUUUACCCAAAAGUCUUCGUCCACGGUUUUUGCAGUUAAUUUAAUCCUUAUUUUUAUGCCGGCAUUAAUUUUUGUUUCGUAAAAGGUCCGACUGGGAUUUUCGUAUUCUUCAAAGCAAAUCUAGCCCAGCCAUCUAUUUCGCUACACCUACAGGUCCCUAACUUAGUCUGCGAAAAUCACAUUUGGCCUUUAGGAUUGAAGGGAAGUCUCAAAAUAAUAUAGCUAAAGCACAGUGCUCUAAGCUUAUGAAACACCUAGUUGUAAGGUGUGCAUAAAUGCAUGACUUUUUAUAUUCGUUAUGAUAGUGUCAGAUGUAUUUUGGACUGAUUUUGAUUAGAUUUUGAUUCUUGAUUUUGAUUUAGGGUGAAUUUGAACAGGCAAAAGUUCGGGGGUGUUUACAUGACACUGGGGCGACUUUCCCGCCAGCGCUAGUUUACUCCGUUUCCCUCUCGUGGCUCUAUAUUUGAUUGCAUGGUACAACCAAAAAAAUGUCAUGCCGGCACGAGUCACCCCGGCGUGAGUUUACUCCGGUUGUUGUACCGGAGCGAGAAUUUCACUCCCGUACGAAAUUUCGCAACGGUAUCAUGUAAACGCGAAACGACCACUCGUUUCGGUGUGAAAUAAGUCUGCCGGUAAACUGGAACGGGUAGCGCAUGCGUAGUUUUCGUCAAUUCAGGAUGGCGUCGUCAUCUUGGUCAUAGGACGACAAAAAAAUGAUGCAAACAUGUACGGGAAUUAUGAAAUCAAAAAGUCACCCCAGUAUGAAACUUGAGCCGGUGAGAGUUUCCUCAUGUAAACACUUCCUUAUUUUUUAACCAAAGUAAUAGUGUCAGUAGUGAAAGUGGAAACGAGGUGGGUUACUGUUUUCUUUAUUGCAAUAUUGUUAAGGAAAAUGUUUUAGCUCCUACAAUCAAAAUCUCUCAGAGCGUUUAUGAAAGAAAGUGUCCGUAGUUAACUUCAAUGAAAAUUGCCAGUUGAAUAAAAGGCUCUAGUACUUAUACAACAUACUUAUUUAUUUUCCAGGUGUGAAGCGUAAUCAUUGCUAUACCAUAACGGUCACAAAGACUGUAUACGUCACUCUAUAUGGUCUUCGUGGUUCUUACACUGUGAUUCGUACCACAAAAGUAACCAUCACAAGGUGCACAUAG